AUGUCUUUCUUUAAACUUUCUGGAUCGAAAACAGGGCACUCCAGCUUGGGGGUUACCUUACAAGCUCGGCCUUCAUCAUUAAACCUUUUUCUUAUACGGCCUAAAGGUUUUGUAACAUCCCUUGGGCUAGUGACUGCUAGUGCUGCUGCUGCUGUCCCUUCCGACGCGAUAACAGGACAAAGUUCUCUUCUUGGGGAUCAAAUUCCCUUCUUUCAUCACUUAUUUUCCUCGCGUCCACCUGGAUAUUGCCUUUCUUUUACGGCUGUAGAAGGGGAAAAUUUACUUAAACACGCGGUAAAACACUUUUUGAUAACAUGUGUUUCUUCUUCUUCUUCUUCUUCUUCUUCUUCUUCUUCUUCUUCUUCUCAAACGGCUUUAUCUCCAAACUCCACUUAUGGACUUCUUUUCAAACUUUCUUUUCUGUGGCUACUUCGAGAGAACUUCUCAAAUCUUUCUCUAAAGGGGCAACUUGCCUUCAGCAAAUUGUUACCCAUGCAUCCUUUACUUAUAGACAAAUGUUGCUUGCCUUUUCAGCAGGGAGAGAGAAACGGACCUCAUGUUUCUAAGCGGUCUCGUUUCCAACUGCUUCUAAGUCUCAUACAGACUUCUCAGAACAGGGGGCAGUCCUCCUCUUCUCCUCCAAACUCUCCCGCAAAUCUCUUGACUCACUGCGACGACAGUCUCUUUCCCCGACUCUUCCGUCUCUCAUGUAGCACUGCGACCUGUAAUAGUCGCCUCACCGCGACCCGUAACAGUCGCCUGCGGGUGCCCACGAACGUGACGGCACUCAGCGACGACGCGGCUUUUCCCGUCUCGCUCGACUGUCUGCCUCUUCUUCGCGCUCCACUCACUUCACUCUCUGCUACUGCCUUCCCUCUGAGACGCCAGCUCACUCCUGCAGCUUCCAGCACUCCUGCAGCAUCCAGCACUCCUGCAGCAUCCAACACUCCUGCAGCUUCCAGCUCGCUCCUGCAGCUUCCCGCAGUUUCCAGCUCACCCCUGCAGCUUCCAGCAAUCUCCGGCUCACUCCUGCAGCGCUUCACUGACGUCCAGCGACCAGUUCCAACCUCCGGAUACCGUUCCCGAACAAACGACCUCUGUCGUCUUUCCACCCACUGUUCGCAAACAAAGACACGAUUUCUAUCGUCUACAACGGACCAUCUGUGUUUGUCAUCCUUCUUUGCUAUUGCCAUCUCCUUGCCUUUGUGUCCUCUUUUUAGUUGUACGGUCGAUUGGCACUCUCACCUCUCGGCCCGCUGCAAUAAGUGUUCUUUCAGGCUAAAAUCAUGUUAA